AUGAGGUCUAGCAAACAGAGGCGAUAUUGGACCUUGUUUAGUGGUCUGGUGCUGGUCCUCUCCACACUCUGCCAUGGAGAAAUCUGUGGUCCAGGCAUUGAUAUUGGCAACGACAUCGGUAAUUUCAAGCGGCUGGAAAACUGUACUGUGAUUGAGGGAUACCUGCAGAUCCUCCUCAUCGGCGAUAAAAACAGUAACAAUCAGGAGGUCUUCCGCACCCUCAGCUUCCCCAAACUGACCAUGAUUACGGAUUACCUUCUCCUCUUCCGUGUCUCAGGACUGGAAAGCCUCAGCACCCUCUUUCCGAACUUGGCUGUGAUCCGUGGCCGCAACUUGUUCUACAACUACGCCCUGGUCAUAUUUGAGUUGACCAGCCUGAAGGACAUCGGCCUCUACAAUCUGCGGAAUAUCACACGGGGUGCAAUACGGAUCGAGAAGAAUCCCGAGCUCUGCUACUUGGAUUCAGUGGACUGGUCUCUCAUUUUGGAUGCUGAGUUGAACAACUUUAUUGAUGGAAAUAAGCAGUCCAAGGAGUGCGGAAAUGUUUGUCCGGGAAUCAUGGAGGACAACUCUCAGUGCACGAGAUGCUGGACCUCAAACCAUUGCCAAAAAGUGUGUCGGUGUGGUCAGCGAGCGUGCACAGACUCUGGUCAGUGUUGUCAUCCUCAGUGUUUGGGCAGCUGCAGUGUUCCCGACAGUGACCGGGCCUGCGCCGCCUGCCAGAACUACAAUCACGAGGGCCGCUGUGUGGAGGACUGUCCACCGGGGACGUAUAAGUUUGAGGGCUGGCGCUGCAUCACCAGAGAUUUCUGCUCUAAAGUGCAUCUGCCAGACUACGACCGAUUCGUCAUCCACGCUGGAGAGUGUAUGUCUGACUGCCCACCCGGAUUCACACGCGACGAGAGCCAUGGUGUGUCUGUCAGCAUGUUGUGCACUGCCUGUGACGGCCCGUGUGACAAGAUCUGUGAUGAAAAGGUCAUCGACUCGGUGGAUGCAGCGCAGUCGCUUAAGGGCUGCACCGUUAUCAAAGGCAACCUGCAUAUCAACAUCCGCCGAGGCACUAACAUCGCCUCAGAGCUGGAGAACUUCCUGGGACUCAUCAAGACUGUGACGGGAUACAUUAAAAUACGGUCAUCGCACACCCUGACCUCGCUCUCCUUCCUCAAGAGCCUGAGAUACAUCCAUGGAGAGGAACUCUGGGACAACACGUAUGCCUUCGCUGCUUUGGAUAACCAGCAUCUGCAGCUUCUGUGGGACUGGUCACAGCACAACCUGACCAUAAGUGAAGGAAAACUGUACUUCCGGUUGAACCCCAAACUCUGCAUGUCCGAGAUCCGCAAAAUGUGGGCCAAGACAGGAAUUAAGGACAACUUUGUGGAAAGAGAUUUCCGCAACAACGGGGACCGUGCAAGCUGUGGGACUAAAAUCUUAAAGUUUACUUCGAAUAACACGAGGAGUAAUCAAAUCAAGCUGAUGUGGGAAAGUUAUCGACCGUCUGAUUCCAGAGAUCUUGUCAAUUUUAUUGUGUACUACAAAGAAGCGCCUUUCCAGAACAUUACAGAGUUUGAUGGUCAGGACAGUUGCGGAUCGGACAGCUGGAACAUGGUUGACGUGGACUUACCGGAUGAGAAAAUCCUGAACCCAGGAGUUGUGCUGUCCGCGCUGAAGCCCUGGACUCAGUAUGCCAUCUUUGUUAAAGCUGUAACGUUAAUUGUGGAGGACAGGGACAGAGACAAGGACAGACUGCAUCUUGGGCCACAGAGUGAAGUGGUGUACAUUCGCACUAAACCAUCAGCGCCCUCAAUGCCUGUAGACAUCCGUGCAUACUCUAAUUCUUCAUCAAAGCUGGUGGUGCGCUGGGCUCCACCUCUGGCCCCCAAUGGAAACAACACCUACUACUUGCUCCGCUGGAAGCAGCAGGGCGAGGACCGUGAACUCUACCAGCACAACUACUGCUCCAAAGAACUGAAGAUCCCUGUAAGGGUUUCAGCCACGGGUUUGACAGACACUGAAGACACGAAGCCGACCAAUCAUGAAACAGGAGGACGAGACAAAACCCCCUGCUGUCCCUGCCCUAAAACAGAGGAGGAUCUGAAGCGAAUCGAGGAUGACAUCUACUACCGCAAAGCCUUCGAGAACUUCCUCCACAAUGCCAUUUUCACUCCCAGACCUCCAGACAGGCGACGGAGGGAUUUGUUUGGUGUGGCCAACGUAACCUCUAUUCACACUCUGCUAGCGGGACACUGGAACCUGACCGAGGGAAACUUCUCAGAUGACGAGCCGCCUAGACGAGAAUUUUCCUUUCUGGAGAGGAAGGUGAAAGAGCGACACAUUGAAAUCACUGGCCUGCAGCCUUUUACCGUUUACCGCAUUGACCUACACGCGUGCAAUGAAGAGGUUCGACACUGCAGUGCCGCUGCAUUCGUCUUCUCUCGCACCAAAGCAGCAGAAAAAGCUGAUGACAUCCCCGGCUCUGUGACCUGGGAGGGUCAGGAGGAUUCAGUGUUCCUGAAGUGGCCUGAACCAGAUAAACCCAACGGCCUAAUCAUGCUCUAUGAGAUCCAGUAUCGACUUGGAACAGAGCCUGAGAAGCACGAGUGUGUUUCCCGUCAACAUUACAGGAAGCACAAAGGAGUGAAACUCUCAAACUUGGGACCAGGGAACUAUUCUGUCCGUGUUCGGGCCACGUCUCUCGCUGGAAACGGAUCCUGGACAGAGCCCAUAGCUUUCUCCGUGCAUCAGCUGGAACAAUCCAGUUAUGAUCCUGUAAUGUUUAUCGCCAUCCUCCCGGCCUUACUGUUAAUCGCUGGUCUGGUAGUAUUUGGGUACACCUGGAUGAACAAGAACCGAAACAAUGACAGGCUUGGAAAUGGAGUACUUUACGCCUCCGUUAACCCAGAGUACUUCAGUGCAGCAGAGAUGUAUGUGCCGGAUGAAUGGGAAGUGGAGCGGGAGAAGAUCACGAUGUGCCGAGAGCUUGGACAGGGGUCGUUUGGUAUGGUGUAUGAGGGCAUCGCCAAAGGUGUCGUUAAAGAUGAGCCGGAAACCAGGGUGGCCAUUAAAACGGUCAACGAAUCGGCCAGUUUACAUGAGCGCAUUGAGUUCCUUAAUGAAGCCUCCGUGAUGAAAGAGUUCAACUGUCACCAUGUGGUGCGUCUGCUGGGCGUGGUCUCGCAGGGUCAGCCCACUCUGGUUAUCAUGGAGCUGAUGACGAGAGGAGAUCUGAAGAGUUACUUACGCUCACUUCGAUCCGUUGAGAACACCUCCAGCUUGCCUUUGCCGCCAUUAAAGAAGAUGAUUCAGAUGGCUGGAGAGAUCGCGGAUGGCAUGGCAUACCUCAACGCCAAUAAGUUUGUUCACAGAGACUUAGCAGCAAGGAACUGCAUGGUGGCUGAAGAUUUUAUUGUCAAAAUCGGUGAUUUUGGCAUGACGAGAGACAUUUAUGAGACGGAUUACUACAGAAAAGGAGGUAAAGGCCUGCUGCCUGUGCGCUGGAUGUCCCCAGAGUCCCUCAAAGAUGGAGUGUUCACCACCAUGUCUGAUGUCUGGUCUUUCGGGGUGGUUUUGUGGGAAAUAGCCACCCUGGCGGAGCAGCCGUAUCAGGGGAUGUCCAAUGAGCAGGUCCUGCGGUUCGUGAUGGAGGGAGGCCUGCUGGACAAACCAGACAACUGCCCUGACAUGCUGUUCGAGCUGAUGCGCAUGUGCUGGCAGUAUAACCCCAAAAUGCGGCCGUCCUUCCUGGAGAUCAUCAGCAGCAUCAAGGAGGACCUGGAGGCAGGCUUCAAGGAGACCAGCUUUUUCUACAGCGAGGAGAACAAGCCCCCAGACACGGAGGAGCUGGACAUGGAGAACGUGGGAACCAUGGAGAACGUCCCUCUAGAACCGUCUUCCAGCCUGCAGCCCCUUGCGCCCUCAAUAUCCCCCCCUCAGCAGUGCACAGCUGCGGCCCAGAGCUGCUCGUCCCCGUCCUCGCCUCCUUCAUCACCCAGCUCCACGGACAAACACCCGCUUCCGACAUCAGCGGCCAACGGGCCCUCCAUGGUCCUGAGGGGGCCUUUUGAGGAGGGUCAGCCUUACGCUCAUAUGAACGGGGGCCGGAAGAACGAGCGUGCCUUGCCUCUGCCCCAGUCUUCGGCUUGCUGAUCGCCGGAUGCGUCGGAUGUGUGUCAAGCCACUGUGUGGUGUCCUGAGAAGAAAUAUUCAAGAUAUUCGUUUAGAGACGAAAAAAGAGAGAGUCCAGGCAAUCAAUUUUUUCAAUCAUACCUCAACGGACAAAGUUUGGAGUUCUUUGUUUUUUGUGCGUUCCGAUUGAAUUGUUGAAUUGAUGAUUGAACUCAUUUGUUAUUUCCGCCAGACUGGAUCACUGACUGAAAAAAAAUAUAUAUAUAUG